AUAAAUAACUUAUGAGGCCAAACUAAAGAGGGCAGGGCAGGCGAAUCGAAGGAAAAGUAGUCAGGAGAGGCGUUUCCCUCGCAAUCGACCAUCACAGAUCAAAUCGCUGCAACUAGCUAGGGUUUCGUCGCCUCAUCUCUCGUCGAUCCAUCGAUGGCGUCCGAGGGCGAAAACAAGAGGAUGAUCACGCUCAGGAGCUCCGACUUAGAGGAGUUCGAGGUGGAGGAAGCGGUGGCCAUGGAGUCGCAGACUCUCCGCCACAUGAUCGAGGACGACUGCGCCGACAACGGCAUCCCGCUCCCCAACGUCAACUCCAGGAUCCUCUCUAAGGUCAUCGAGUACUGCAACAGUCACGUCCACGCCGCCGCCAAACCCGCUGACUCCGCUGCCUCCGAGGGCGGCGAGGACCUCAAGAGCUGGGACGCGAAGUUCGUCAAGGUGGACCAGGCUACGCUCUUCGACCUCAUCCUGGCUGCCAACUAUCUGAACAUCAAGGGAUUGCUGGACCUGACCUGCCAGACGGUUGCUGACAUGAUCAAGGGCAAGACUCCGGAGGAGAUCCGCAAGACAUUCAGCAUCAAGAACGACUUCACCCAAGAGGAGGAGGAUGAGAUCCGCAUGGAGAACCAGUGGGCCUUCGAGUGAUUGUUGUCUUCCUUUCCCUGGUGAUGGUGGUGGUUCUUUUACAAGAACAGAUGGAUGUCUGCACUGCACUCUACAAUGCUAGUCUAUCUACUUACGAAAUAGUAGUGAAAUAGUAGUAUAAUGGUCGUGAUGGUUGUAUCCUUUUUUGGAUUGGAUGUAUGUCAAGCUGGUGGGUGCUAGUUCGUCUGUCUGGACUUGUUACUAGUUAAUAUCUCAUAAUACAUAUAUAAAAGUGGAUCUUA